AAAAAAAAAAGCACAUAGUCACAAAAUAUUAGUAUACAGAGGAAUUUACCAUUUCAUCCUUCCCUAUUCCAAAAUUUAGAGUACAAUAUAUUCUUCUCUUCUUCACAUUUCACAACACCCCACUCCACCACUCUCUCUCUCUCACUCAAUUCUCAUUUUUCAGUUUUUUAGCAGAUUGAAUCUAGCAACUUUGCAAACCCUAGUUUUUAAGGAUGGGUCAGAUCCAGUACUCCGAGAAGUAUUUCGAUGAUACCUAUGAGUAUAGACAUGUGGUCCUGCCUCCAGAAGUCGCCAAAAUGCUUCCCAAGAAUCGUCUUCUCUCCGAAAACGAGUGGAGGGCGAUUGGGGUUCAGCAGAGUCGUGGUUGGGUUCACUACGCAAUCCAUCGCCCUGAGCCACACAUAAUGCUUUUCAGGAGGCCAUUGAAUUAUCAGCAACAGCAGGAAAACCAGGCCCAGCAAAGCAUGCUUGUCAAAUGAAACACCUCCCUUUGAAAAUCUGAAAGUUGAAUACAUUGUUAUAUAGGUUUUUAAUUUUGUUGGAAUAUGGGUGUUAUGAAGACCUUACUCUGGUGGAAUUCUCUUUUAGUGGAGAAUUUUCACUUGUUUUUAGUUGUCAUUUGAAUGCGUUGUGGUCAUGGUGUUUCUUGGAGUUGCGUUGGUGUAGUGUACCUCUCGUGUACUCUUAUGCAUGGUGGAUUAUAAUAGUAGUCAUUUUCAGUUGCAUUCUGCUA